CUUGAUUUAGUUGCUCUUGUGCCGCUUCGAUUCAGAAAACCACAAACUCUAACAUUCCAUCUUAGAGUCACGUACCAAGUCUUACUAAAACGCCAAUCGAAAAAGCCAUUGUUACCCGUUUAAGUGUACUUCAAAUAAGCUUGGAACCCCUCGGCGUUUGAAUUUAAAGCUUAAUUUCUGACAAGGGUGUAACAACAAGGUUUCCUCUUCGCCCCCACGGUACAAUUGAUAAUUCGUUCAUCCCCCAUGUUGAUGGUUUUGAGGGUACGAAUAAACAACAAAUCAUUCACUCAGUUCUUGUGGCGAUUACACCACUUCAAAGUAAUCUACCCCAGUAAGGAUAUGACGACAAAUGAAAGAAAUCUAAUGUAUAUUUGCCUUCAGAAACCGAAACUUACUUCAGUUGUCAGCUGUUAGGACACCUUUCACGCGAGGUCACGCGCGAUGGAACCACGAAGCAAAGGUAACGCGUGGAUGGCCAUAAUCUUUUUCAGAGCAACGAUGUUACGGGUCACAAGGUAGAUUCGGCUUGGUUACAAGUGAAAACAUUUACAGGAAAACUCUGCAGUUGCCGGAAACUGCCCAAAACAAAGGAAGCGUCCAUUUUCAGGAAGAAAAAGGGCCUGGAAUUCGAUUUUCAGGAAGUAGAAGUAUGCAACAUCUUGUCGCAUGUGGUAACACAAUUAUUGGACCGCAGGUCGCGCGCGCGUUCAUGUAAUUUCACUCGUGCGUCAAUAGGCAGUGAUAAUGGCUCUCUUGGAGGGUAUUUACUUAACUUAACUUCAAAAGAAAUUAUGCGAUGGAAGCUGUGCUUGAACGCUAAAAAGCACGCGCUAGUGCAGUCUUGGACCAAUUUCACUGCUCCAGUAGACGACAAUUAAAGGGAUCGGCCUUGAUAAAAAAAAAAAGUGUUGAAAUUGCUUACUGAGGUGCAUGGCUCGUGUCUGGUUUAGAAUAAGCUGGUAUAACUUUAUUGCAAAUCCACAUUGCAGAUUAUUUAUACAACGCAUUCCGCUUUUCCAAACGACGGGAUGCAACGAAAAUCCAUUAGAAGCCGUUUAUAAACACAACCCUGCCGCAAAAAUACCUAAAAACAAUGCGCUAAAAUUGGUAUGGAAAUUGCCAGAUUAUUUUAAGCAAACUUGUUUAGUUACUCCACGCCUUUUUACAAAGGUAUUCGCUCAUUUCCUUUGCCAGCUGUCUAUAGCACGCGUCAGACUGGGCACUUUUUUCCAUAAACGGCUCGUGUUACACUCAUUAAUUCAAAUAAACACGCUACAUGAAAACAACUAUAAACAAUUCUCGAGACACUAACUGGUUUCUGUUGACUUAAACCCGCCUGGGAAUCCAAACACGCUUCUUCGAACAAUAAUGCUAGGUAAAGAACCUUGUGAGAAAAAUCCACAAAGCUAAAAAGAAUCACUUUUAAUCCAUUUAAAUUCGGACUUGUGAUAGCCGAUCUGUUAUCGCGUCUCGGCUAGCUUUAAUCGCCCGCUUAAUUGCUAAUUUGUUUUUAGAUCUAAUCUGUUGUUUACUUUGUUAAAGGCUACGUGCAUUUCCUGAAAUACGUCCUUUUUGUGGAUUAAAAUAGAAAUCAAUACACGGAAUUACGUACAAAUUCCUAGUUUUCAAAGUUUCUGAGUCUCAACAGUCGCAUUUAAAGCUAACGACCGCAGUUCAAGAGGACUUUGAACGCGCAUGUUAUAAAAUUAGAUAAAAUAACAAAGCGAAAAACAACCCUAAACAACUUGAGAACUCUUUUGUUUUUGUAAGGAAUGUGCACAGAACGGAGUUGAUGUUGAGUUGACAGAUAGUUUUAAUUUACACCAGAUGCCGUAGCAUUCCUCAUGUGUGCCGCAGUAAUCAAAGGCUGACCGACCGCCUUCAAAUGAUGAGUAGAAAGAUAUAAAUGAGCCGAGCUGACAAGUCAAAGCACACCCCUUUCGACCGCAUUACAUGAUUCUGAGGACUUUCUGGUCUGCUCGAAGACAGCGUACAAAAUUUAGCGCCGCAAAAGGUUUGCUGUGAAAACAUAGGUUGCACAUCAAUUUGUGGGUGGUCUGAAGUCUUGCUGGCAGGUUCAAAAUAAAAGAGUUUAGAAGCUUUUACGCUGAAGAAGUGCGAGACCUCAGCUCUCGGAUCAGUUGCAGUGUUGACUGUUGCAAGGUAGACUGACUCGCACGGGCCUGAGUGGAUUUCACUGCUGGAAACAGCUUAGGAAGUAACAAAACCGCUAGAUAAGUGCAAGAGGUCUUUGAUUGAAUUUUUCAUGGAGCUGCCGGUCGUGAGAGGUGCUUCAGUCGGGAAGGAUCGCGUUGAAGAACAGACAGGAAUAGACACAGGAAGCCCGUCGAGUGCUGACACUAUGCUGGUUCCGAUGAGCGGACACAAGGAAAUAACUUCUGAUAUUCCACUGGUGUACCAUACAGGAAACUUUCAUCAGCCGUCUAUCCAAUCCUCGCUCUUUGCAGCCGAUAUAAAAAGCCCCGAGCCGAAGCGAAACAACAUAGCAACUAAACCUACCAUGCAGUCAAGAAGCAAGCCUUACCUCUCCGAAGAAGUGAAGCCGCCAUUUUCCUACAUCGCAUUGAUAGCAAUGGCCAUCGACAGCUCUCCAUAUCGCAUGAGAACACUGAAUGAAAUCUACGAAUACAUCAUGACGCGAUUUCCAUAUUUUCGCAGCAACCAGCAGAAAUGGCAGAAUUCUAUUCGACACAAUCUGUCCCUGAACGACUGCUUUAUAAAAGUUCCUCGAAGCUAUUUUGGCAAACCAGGCAAGGGGAAUUACUGGACUUUGCAUCCAGCCUCUGGGGACAUGUUUGGAAGUGGCAGCUUUUUACGCCGAGCCAAGAGGUUUAAGUGUCGUCCUCCGCAAAAACCGAACGAGCCUGCCUUCGUGCGCAAAGUGAACUCGAAUCAUCACUUCAGUUUGUUCGUCGAAGGAUUUAGCCAUCAGUUUUGUAGCUUGCAAUUCCCGCCCCACUGUGAAUUUAGCGCCUUUCCGCAGAGAAUCACUGCAAAUGAACCUUGUGUAGCGGCUCCAAUUCAUCUCCAAUUGUCCCCGACACCACAGAGUGUUAUUCGUCCAACCGCACGCUAUGGGUCUUUGGAGAUCCCGCACGUGCAUGUUGGUGCAUUUCAACCCGUCCCGAAGGCUCGACGAAGCUUCAUGAUCAGAGAGUUGAUCGAGUCGAAGCCACUGGAAAGCGCUGCCGAAGAACCAGAAGAUGUGAGAUCCGCCUUGUGAGUUUCACCGAGAGACUGUUUAUACCACUCAAGAGGGUCAUCUUAAGUCUUGUGCAAGCCUCUAGAGAAAGACUUUGAAAAACACCGAACGCGUUUCGCGAUCGAUCCAGCGAAAGAACAUUUGAAGUACAUUUCAAAAUUGUUGUUCACAAGUCAUUACUUCAGGAGAACGUUAGCAAUAUUUGCUAAUCACUCCCCAUAAACUGUUUGAAAAUUUUAUUUAAAUCGUUACAAACGCGUAUAUGGACAAUCUGGUAGGCUGUAAAUUUUGUUAAGUGUACAGAAAUGGGCUCGAAGUGCUAAGAGAAUCGAUUACGUUAGGUGUUAAAAUAAUUAUCUCCAGUGUUGCAUGCAUUUUUCUCAUCAUUAGACCAUGCAGAGAAAAAAAUAUAUAUAUCUGUAGUACUUGAACGAUUAGUGGGGAUAAUGACAUGGUUAGGUUUAGCUUUCGGUCUAAAUGUUUUUCCAAAUUGGAAUUCAAUAGAUGUGAAGUCAUUGAUUAGGAGAGCAAUCAUUUAACUCACAUUUAUUUCGAGCCGGCCGCAAAAAGCAAACAAAAUCAGUGUUUGAGGUUACGUUUGCUUUUCGAUGGGAUUUUUUAUACGAAUCGGUUUGCGUGAGAAUAUUAUACAUGUGUCGAUGGCUGAAUUACGCUGAGGAAUUUUGCCAUGUUACAGGUCAAGCGAUUUUACAUUCUCCGUUAAAAUUCUUCAUUUAAUGAUUUACAAUUUAGUGUCCCAGUUUCUCCGGACCUCCGAGCUGUUAUGCUCAGAGCAUUGAUAUAAAUCGAUACAAUUGCAAUCGAGGCAUAAUUUCUGCAACCCAAAACUAUCUUGGAUUUGUCUGCCCCGAAAAAAUUUAAUUUGCAACUGAGCAGGAAGGAAGUCUGGACAUCACAGUUUAUUCAAGUUUUUGUUCGCUCACCGCAAUCUUCGCGUUAUACAAAACGCACCUACCACUUUAACCUCAGGAAUUUUUAUGACGUUACUCAAUCCACCCUCCCUCUUAAUGUUAAUGGCUUGAAAUAAUAUAAUUUAAAAGUUGAGUUCGCCAAGCAAGUCUCCAUUAACUUUUGAAACUAAACUAAACCUGCCCUUAGUGAAUCUUCGACAACAACAAGUGUAAUUACAAAUGGAAACAUUGCGAAUUAAUAAAGCUCAACUUUAAAUCAAGUAAAGGACUCUUUGCCUUAGAAUCUAUUUUUAGGACGAUCUUGCUUUUCAUUUGUCAAAGAUGAUCUGUGCCCGCGUUGAUUGUACGGAAGGGUGUAGCAAGCUAACUAACCAUAAACAGGAAGCGAACAGACAGUGUUCUCUCCAGCA